AUGCCUAAACGACUCCCCACAAAGCUUGACCAAUACUGGCACAAAGGCGGAGUCUGUGGCCUUGUCCCCCGCGCCGCCCUCCGUACCCUCCAGUUCGUGUUCGCAAUCACCGUUGCCGGUCUAUACGGUGUCGAUCUCGCCCGAGCCACGAAAUCUAACACCGCGGCGCCCACAGAAUGGGUGUACGCUGAAAUCGUCGCUGCCUUGUCAGCUAUCACCUGUAUCAUACACUGCUUUGUGACUGUCAUCCACGUUGCAUGGUCGACUUGGGAUGGAGUUCUCUUUGUGCUCUGGCUCGCUCAGACGGGCGUCUUUGGAAACAUAUACACUUCUGGUGUGAAGACCAGUGAAUAUAGAACUGCCACAUCAUCACUCCCUCGCAUGCAGGCUGCUGUCUGGAUUGAUCUAGUCAAUAUGCUCAUGUGGUUCACAACGUUCAUUCUUGGUAUCGCUUGGUGUUGCCGCACCCGAAAGAUGACCCGUCGCAUCGAUCAACUUGAAACAACGGAAGGCACUGGGAUGACCAAUGAUGUUGAUGUGGAAAGUGCCUUAUCUGGUUAUAAGAAAGAGCUGGAGGAGUUGGAUGCAAAGCGUGCUGCUAUUGAAAGGUCCAUCAUUGAGAGCAAGGAGAAACCACUUGGAACUGGAGUGGAGAAGGACAGCAAGAUGGGCCAGGACACAAAGAUAGGAUAG